AUGGUGUCAUUGUAUUAUCAGGAGGAUACUCUCAGCUGCGGAAUGUGUCAGCCGUGUGACAAGUUCCUCAAGGACGGCAGCUUUCGAGAAGAGUCUCCGCUGCACGACUCUCCCAAGCGCGUUUCGCUCAAGUUUCCACGUCCGACAGAGUUGAAUUCGAAUCAGGAAAAUGUGAAGAACACCCAGCCAUUGGACAGCAGCAUUUCGAGGGAUCCACUGUUUGUGCAAGGCAGAACAAAAGUGAUGGAGGUGUCUGACGGCCGCCAUUUUGUCCGCUACGUUGGAGGGCCACAUGAAGGAGAUUCAUAUGACGGUUUCUUUCGGAACGGAGUGAAGCAUGGGCCAGGAAUAUACACGUGGGCAAGCGGGGACAAGUUCGAAGGAGAGUAUGUAGAUGACUUCAAGCAUGGGGGAAGAGAGUUCAGGUGA